AUGAAGCUGGAGCCUGGUCCUGUAGCCCAUGUCUUUGUGAGGAACAUCAGCGCUAGCAAAGGCUUGGCAGUUGAGGAGGGCGAAUCAUCAGAUUUUGCUUUGAACUGGGACUCAUCGGUGACUCAAUCAGGUGGCCUGGGAGGAGAGCUGGAGCACGAUGCGAAGGACAGCCGGGCCCUGGAAGAGAGGAACAGCGUGACGAGUCAGGAAGAGAGAAACGAGGAAGAUGAAGACAUGGAGGAUGAGUCAAUUUACACCUGUGAUAACUGUCAGCAGGACUUCGAUUCACUGGCAGACCUGACUGAACACAGGGCACACAACUGUCCUGGAGAUGGUGAUGACGACCCACAACUCUCCUGGGUGGCUUCAUCUCCCUCCAGCAAAGAUGUUGCAUCACCCACUCAGAUGAUAGGAGAUGGGUGUGAUCUCGGCAUCGGGGAGGAGGAAGGGGGGACUGGCCUGCCCUAUCCCUGCCAGUUUUGUGAUAAGUCCUUCAUUCGCCUGAGCUACCUUAAACGGCACGAGCAGAUCCACAGCGACAAACUACCUUUCAAAUGCACCUACUGCAGCCGGCUUUUCAAGCAUAAGCGCAGUAGGGAUCGCCACAUAAAGCUGCACACGGGGGAUAAGAAGUACCAUUGCCACGAGUGCGAGGCCGCCUUCUCGCGCAGCGACCACCUCAAAAUUCACCUGAAAACCCACAGUUCCAGCAAGCCCUUCAAGUGCACUGUGUGUAAGCGUGGGUUUUCAUCUACCAGCUCCUUGCAGAGUCACAUGCAAGCUCAUAAAAAGAACAAGGAACAUAUGGCAAAGACUGAGAAAGAGGUGAAGAAGGAUGAUUUUAUGUGUGAUUACUGUGAAGAGACAUUCAGUCAGACUGAGGAAUUGGAGAAGCACGUAAUGACACGCCACCCACAGCUUUCCGAGAAGGCAGAUCUGCAGUGUAUUCAUUGCCCUGAAGUAUUUGCGGAUGAAAACUCACUGCUCUCACACAUUCAUCAAGCCCAUGCCAACAAAAAACACAAGUGCCCUAUGUGCCCAGAGCAGUUUUCUUCAGUGGAGGAAGUCUAUUGCCACUUGGACAGCCACAGACAACCUGACUCCAGCAAUCACAGCAUCAGUCCCGAUCCGGUGCUGGGGAGCGUGGCCUCCAUGAGCAGUGCAACGCCUGACUCGAGCGCCUCGGUGGAAAGAGGUUCCACCCCAGAUUCAACCCUAAAACCUCUGAGAGGACAAAAGAAAAUCAGAUCAGGGGACAGAGAGGAGGGCCAGAACUGGUCAAAAGUUACUUACAGCUGCCCUUACUGUUCCAAGCGCGACUUCAACAGCCUUGCUGUUCUGGAGAUCCACCUGAAGACUAUUCACGCGGACAAACCUCAGCAAAGCCACACGUGCCAGAUCUGCCUUGAUUCCAUGCCUACGCUGUACAACUUGAACGAACACGUAAGAAAGGUGCACAAAAACCAUGCCUAUCCCAUGAUGCAGUUUAGCAACAUUUCUGCCUUUCACUGUAACUACUGUCCUGAGAUGUUUGCAGAUAUCAAUAGCUUGCAGGAGCACAUCCGUAUCACUCACUGUGGCCCAAAUGCUACCCCUCAAGAUGGUAACAAUGCCUUCUUCUGUAACCAGUGCUCCAUGGGCUUUCUGACAGAAGCAACCUUGACUGAGCAUAUUCAGCAGACUCACUGCAACGUAGGAAAUUCAAAAUUGGAUUCCCCUGUCAUUCAGCCAACACAGUCUUUUAUGGAAGUUUAUUCAUGCCCUUAUUGCACAAACUCCCCCAUUUUUGGCUCCAUCCUGAAGCUUACAAAGCAUAUUAAAGAAAACCACAAGAACAUUCCUCUGGCACAUAAUAAGAAGUCAAAAGCAGAGCAGAGUCCAGUUUCUUCUGAUGUUGAAGUCUCUUCCCCUAAAAGGCAGCGGCUUUCUGCUAGCGUAAACUCAGUGUCUAAUGGUGAAUACCCAUGUAAUCAGUGUGAUCUAAAGUUCUCCAAUUUUGAGAGUUUUCAAACCCAUUUAAAGUUGCAUUUGGAGCUGCUGUUGAGGAAACAGUCUUGCCCUCAGUGUAAAGAAGACUUUGAUUCCCAGGAGUCUCUUCUGCAGCACCUCACCGUGCAUUACAUGACAACUUCAACCCACUACGUGUGCGAGAGCUGCGACAAGCAGUUUUCUUCGGUGGAUGAUUUGCAGAAGCAUUUGCUGGACAUGCAUACUUUUGUGUUGUAUCACUGCACCCUUUGCCAAGAAGUUUUUGAUUCCAAGGUAUCUAUCCAAGUGCAUCUGGCAGUCAAGCACAGCAAUGAAAAGAAGAUGUAUCGUUGCACAGCCUGCAACUGGGAUUUUAGGAAGGAGGUGGAUCUCCAGAUCCACGUGAAGCACAGUCACUUGGGGAAUCCGUCCAAGUCUCACAAGUGCAUCUUCUGUGGCGAGACCUUUAGCACAGAGGUUGAACUGCAAUGCCACAUCACAACCCACAGCAAAAAGUACAACUGCAAGUUUUGUAGCAAAGCUUUUCAUGCCAUCAUCUUGCUUGAAAAACACCUGCGGGAGAAACAUUGUGUUUUUGAUGCAAAUGCUGAAAACGGUACAGCUAAUGGCAUGACCCCCACAAGUAAGAAGACAGAAGGUGCCGAUAUCCAGAACAUGUUAAUGAAGAAUCCAGAUACUUCCAACAGUCACGAAGCCAGUGAGGAUGACGUAGAUGCUUCUGAGCCCAUGUACGGCUGUGACAUCUGUGGGGCUGCCUAUACUAUGGAGGUCCUCUUGCAGAACCAUCGUUUGAGGGAUCAUAACAUCCGGCCUGGGGAGGACGACUGUUCGAGGAAGAAAGCGGAGUUCAUCAAAGGCAGCCAUAAGUGUAAUAUCUGCUCAAGGACCUUUUUCUCAGAAAACGGCCUGAGAGAGCACAUGCAGACCCAUCGGGGUCCGGCCAAGCACUACAUGUGCCCUAUCUGUGGGGAGCGCUUCCCAUCGCUCCUCACCCUGACGGAGCACAAGGUCACUCACAGCAAGAGCUUGGAUACAGGGACGUGUCGGAUUUGCAAAAUGCCGCUGCAGAGCGAGGAGGAAUUCAUCGAGCACUGCCAGAUGCACCCAGAUCUCAGAAACUCCCUCACUGGCUUCCGCUGUGUUGUCUGCAUGCAGACCGUCACCUCUACCCUAGAGCUGAAAAUCCACGGCACGUUCCAUAUGCAGAAACUGGCAGGGAACUCUGCAACCUCGUCGCCCAACGGCCAAGCCUUGCAAAAACUCUACAAGUGUGCGCUGUGCUUGAAGGAGUUCCGGAAUAAGCAGGACUUGGUCAAGCUGGAUGUUAACGGCCUUCCCUAUGGCCUGUGUGCUGGAUGCAUGACCAGGAGCACCAACGGACAGUCUUCGGGCUUGACCCCACAGGAGGUGAACGAGAGGCCCUGUGGCAGCCUGAGGUGUCCCGAGUGUAGUGUCAAAUUUGAAAGUGCCGAAGACCUGGAGAGCCACAUUCAGGUAGACCACCGAGACCUGACGCCUGAGACCAGCGGCCAGAGGAAAGCUACCCAGACAUCCCCCGUUCCCAGAAAAAAGACCUAUCAAUGCAUCAAGUGCCAGAUGACCUUUGAGAAUGAGAGAGAGAUACAAAUCCAUGUCGCUAACCAUAUGAUUGCUGGAUGA